AUGAAAGGGGUUUUUGCAUUCCUGGCUGUAGCUUGCUUCUAUGUAGUCUGCACUCGCGGAAGUCUCCAUGCAUCUUGUAAAAUUGAAUGGUAAGAAAAACUUCAUUGCGUAACCUGUCAGAGUAAUGGCAAUCGAGCACCAAAAAUUUUAAAAAACUGAGUUAUUUCCAGUUCAGCAUUAGAAAUUUGUUAGUAAUCUGUAAUCAUUCGUGGCACAUUUAAAAUGGGUAAUUUUUGUUUUGUCGGAAUCUUCGGAAGAAAGAAAAAAGGUUUCAUCGACCCUCCUACUCACCCCCACCCCCCGUCCUCCCGUACCAAAUUAAAGGGGGGACAAUCAUUGGGCAUUUUUUUUGAGGCGGGGGGUGGGGGUGUAAACCAUUUAAAUAUAAACAUGAAGAGAGAAAAACCAGACCCUACCCAUAAUAAUAAUAAUAAUAAUAAUAAAAAUAAUAGAGCUACUAUGAGAGAGAUUCAAAAGAUCUGCGUGCUGGGAUCUACCCGAAUCCUCAGAAAGGUGCUCAGUGUAUGAACAGAAUGAUUGACUUGAGUGACUGACGCUCUAGGUGCAUGGUUUGUGCCCGGCUGAUGCACAAACAGAACACCAGCAAAGACUGUGAUAAAAGAGAUAAUAAUAAUAAUAAUAAUGAUAAUAAUAAUAAUAAUAAUAAUAAUAAUAAAGUACAAGAAUGAAGUAUUAAGGAGAAAAUUACCUACCCAUCAGGCAUAUCAAACUCCAUGGCUAAAAAAGGAGACUGUAGUCUUAUGGCAUUUGGGGCAAACAAUUUUAUGGUCAAACACUGACCUUAAUCUUUCAGAAAAGAAUGCCUUUAGUUUGCCUAAGAAGACGCUUAGAGAAGUACUACCCUUAUCAUAUCAUUAUUAGGUAUUAGUAUUUUUAAUAGAUCUGAUCUUGACACUGUUGCAGGACAUGGGGGGUUAAUUGCACUGUUGUAAGGAAUGCCAUUUUGAAGCAAAUAGACAAAUGGAAAUCAGAUGAAAACUGCAAAAAUGGUGGUGAAAAGUGUUUAUACACGGUAAUCUUUAGUUAUCAUUAUUUUCCUUCUCAUAGUGACCAUAGGCUGAACUUUGUAUGUUAAUUCCCAUUUGGAAAAUGUGGCUGAAAUAUCCGCUGUUAUUUGACGUGAUGGAUUUUUGUGAUCUUCGUAGUGUUAGUACUAUCAUAGUUGUACAUGUACUUUGUCCUGUAGUGGGUCUUUCUCCCACAAGGUCAUGAUCAAACUGAAUGGUUGAAGAUUUUCAAUAGGAUGGUUUGUGUAAAAUAACGAUAAGCACACAACAAUACCUCUUGGCUAAAACCCUGGUCAGAGGGGUUUAUUUGAAUGGUCACAGGAUAGGAUUUCGUGAACACUAGCACGCUUAAAGGUUAGAAUUAGAUUACACAGCACAAUACACCUAACUUUUGUACAAUGGUUCUAGAUGUAAAAGUACUACUAAGGAGGUUUACUUUUGUUUUGAAAAAUGUUAUUCUCACCCACAGUCUCAGUAUUACAUUAGUGAAAUCCAAUGGCAAAAAAAUGUGGUACUAUAAAACUGUACUUCAUAUUAUUUAUUCAUGGUUUAAGAUUGUUCAACAUUUGCCUGCACCAUGUUGAUCAACUUUGCAGCUUGUUGAAUGACUAGCUGAGAGAACAAGUUCGACAAUUUUAAGGGAAGGAAAGGAGUUAUAGCCUGGGAAAACAGCCAACUUUUCACUAUGCCAUCUGUUGUUUCCCCACGAAAUGACAUCUGAGAAACAAGCGUAAAAAUUCCAUACUGUUGACGGGCACAACCCAGAUCUGCAUAGAGCUUCUGGUCGGUUGGAAAUUUGCUUCAUCUAGUCAGAAGCACUGUUCAGAUCUGGGUAGCGACGCAGCUGCUGGCAUGGUGAAAUAUCAGCUGUUUUCUCAGGCUAGGAAGGCGCCAAACACGUAACAUUUUUAAAUUAACUUGCAGCUGAAGGGAGUAACCGCUACUCAGAUUAAAGCUACUCACGAAACCCCAAAAGCACACUACAUUGAUGACCUCACAUUUACUGUCAAGGCAAAUUCAACUAGUAAACUCUGCAAUAUGGAGGUAAGCCAGACCUUGACAUUUAGUUAAAAAAUAGCUCUCUUUAGAGGGCACAAUGUUCACAGUUUUUGUUAUGUUGGUUGUGCACACUAAAUUGCAACUUUAUCGGCAGCUAUAUAUGUCAUAUAAGCAUGACAUGUUACCUGUUGUGUCAAAGAGAAAAGGGUGUGAUUUCUUGCAUCUAAGAAAAACAUUUGACUUACUGUAUACAAGGUAAUGGUGAUGUGUAUUUAUCUGACACAACAAAAUAAUAAUGUUUCACAUUCAUGUGAUAUUGCAUGCCGAAGACUAGUGUAGAAGAAAAUGAAGCAUGACUUCUUGCAUUGAGGAUUUAAUUAUUUAUUUAUUUAUUUAUUUAUUUUUUGAUGCAAAUGGUGACACUUCACCUAAGUUCAUGUUAUUAUGAAGUAGCUAAUGGCCACAAUUACAUGUGCAUGAAUGUAAUGCACAUGUUGUAACUGAUCAUGUGUGUUAUGGGGCCAGCCUUCUAUCACUUUUAAUCUGGUGUGGUGGGUUGAGAUGAAACUUAUGCUUAAACUUAUGCAAAGCACAGUGUUGAAGCAAAAGCCUUUUGAUCUUUGACCUCUGAUUGUUUUUGACCUUUUCCCCACCCUCCCUAACCUUCGGUUAUUACUAGUGUCAGGGACAGAUCCAGGGGGAGGGUGCAGGGGCUGCGUGCAACCCCCCCCCCUGAGAAAAAACUGUGUGGUUUAUUAGUGUUGAAGUAGAGCAAGAGACAAGUACACCCCCUCCUAAAAAAAAUCCUGGAUCACCCCUAAGUGUCAUGUAUAGUGUGCAUGACGGUGUUUUUUUUUUUUGUUUUUUUUUUUAACAGGGCUACUCUACUUCUGAGUUAUGGUAUGCUGUCCUUGAUUAUGGUACAAACUAUUGCAACCUUCACAACUUAAUCACAGGUACGAAAUGUAACUGUCUUUUCUGAAUUUCUUUCUCAUGGUUUCUGAAUUUUGAUUUAAUUUUGAAAUUUAAGUUAACAUCCACAGACCUAAACCCUAAUAUAUACACAGUUUUAAUGACCAGUUCAGCAGUGUCUAGUGUGUAGAGUUCAUGUUGCUGAUGCCUCAAAAAAGCAGCAUACUGCAAGUGGUCCAAGCACAUUAAUUAGUCUUGCAAUCUGCAGCAUUUCACGGCUUGAAAUAACGGCUGGUAAACAGACAAUGUCCAUUCAAAAAUAGGUUUUGUCCGGUCAAAUUCUUAGAUGGCUGGACAUUUUGUCUGCUCUUUUUGCAUCUAAUGUAAUUAAGAUGUUCACUUUUUUCAAAUAAGUCUGGUCAAGAUUGGACAUUAUUGCUGACGUUCGUGAAGGAAAAAAAGGGGGGAGAGAGAGAGAGAGAAAGGCAGCCAGAUCAAGAACUUUUAUAAUAUAAACCAAACAAAUCGGCCACUUGCUGAUCAGGAUUUGUUUUUCAGUCAUUUUGAUGUCAAGUCCUCUGCCACGCUAGUAAGUUAGCCAACUGGCUGCCUCCUCCCAAUUGGGGCGAUGCAAUAAAGAAGGCAACCUGACCCCGCAAAAUAGUUAAACAGAAAUUUUUAUUUCUUAAUGAAAAAUAAUGAAAGAGUGUGGUUGUUGCCAGUGACACUUGAAUGUAUUUGUUCGAAAGACCAGGGGGAGGGGUCAAAUCAGCAUUAAUUUUUUUUUUACAGGGAGGCCAUGCCCCAAGGUCCAACCCUGUACCCUUAUAUAUACCUUGUAUGCUAGGAAAGGUACCCCUUUCAUAUACCUUGAGAAAUGGUGCCCCUUCCAAAGACCUAUAGUUUAGAAUGUUACACCCAAUUUAUGUGUAACUUAUGUAAAACUUGACAGCUGAAGAUGAAGCCAGAAAAAGGAAAUACAAUAACAAGCAGAAAGAAAAGCUGCUCAUCUACAGUAGAGAGCCCUUCUCAUCCCCUUAACCCUUUUCUCUAUCCACAAGGAGCACUUGCAACUUUCCUACCAUUUGAUAACCCUCCGAUCCAGGGUCCACAUGCUCCCUUCCUUAUAAUUAUUUUUUUAAAAAAACUAGAAAUGUGUAGUUCCAGAAAAUAUCCAUUAUACUCCCCCCACAGAAGGGAUUGGAAAUUCCUGGGGGUGUGGGGGGCUCUCAAAAGCCCCAAAAUUUAAGUAUUAAUGUAUAAAGCUUGACUGAGGUGGGGGGAGAGGUUCAAAGGAAAAAUCCCUUCUGUGGGGGAGGUAUGGAUAAUUUUUGAAACCACACAAUAAAGAAAAAAUUAAAAUUAAGAAAAAUGUUAACUGCAACACUUUAGAUACAUACAACCAUAGAUGAACUUCAUUCAUUGGUUCAGUAGUUAUAAGCAUGCACAAUACAGUGCUUUUUGUAGUUUGAUCUCUUGUGAGGAUAAUAAAAAAGUGAACUGAUGAUCAAUCUUAAAUAAAUACUGAUCAAACUAAUUAUUAACAAUCUACAGGUGCUGCACUUGACACGUUUCCAGGAUACAAAGAAGUAACAAGUGACAGUGUUUGUACACAGUACAGUUCAGCUAACUGUGAAAAGUACUAA